CGCUCACAUUCCACGUCGAGGCUGAUGUCUAAUGAGAGAGCGGUCAUUAAUUGCCUGUUUCUUUCCUCAUUGGAGGGCGAGGGAGAAGGUGGGGGAGUUGCAUGAGAAUAGGGACCAGAGGAAAAAAGGCAAGAGAAAGUUUGACAGCUUGUUGACAUCAAAGACUCGCAAGAUUAGGCAGCGGCAGGUAUAAAAGUGCUGAUCUCGAAGAAGGAGAGAGGAGCAUUCGGAGCGAGCAGAAGCGGAGUAAGGGGCUUGAGCAGACACCCCCUCCGGGGAGAGGGAGAAGAAGAGGAGAGGGAAAGAAAGAAGCAAGAAGACUUCUCAUUUAGACGAGGGUGAAAAAGAGAGGGAGAAUGGGAGCGAGACAGUUCUGACCCGAGUCGACCCUCUUAAGUUCCCUGAAUUCGGAGUCAAUUCGGAUCUGAGCACAGGAGAGAGCGAGAGAACGGGGAUUUAGGUGACACAAGAUAGAAAACAGAGUCUUCGGUUAGAAGUUUAGAGAGAGAGAGAAAGAGACUUCGGAGCCAAUCUAUGCAGCGAUGCCUCCCCGGACCGCCUCGCUCUUGGAGCUGAUGUCUUGGGCGCUCGCCCUCCUGGGCCCAGCCUGCUCGCAGACGGCCGAGCUGCUGCAGGAGGCCGCCGAGGGCCAGCUCCGGCCCGCCGCCUCCUCUCCGGCCGGCCUGGCCGCAGCCCCGGCCCGCCCUCGCCCGCAGCCCCCGGCGCUCCGCUCCCCGGUGUACAUGCUGCAGCUGUACCGGGCCCUCGUCGUGGGCAGCCCCCCGAGCCAGCCCAGCGCAGAAGCCUCCGCCUGGAGAGAAUCCGACACCAUCCUCAGCCUGGGGGCGCGACAUUAUUUCCAGUUUGAGGACCACUGGGACUUCUCCUUUGACUUGACCUCCAUUUCCAGCAGCUCUGAGGUGAGGCUGGCAGAGUUCCGGGUCUGCUUGAUGCCUUUCCCCCAGUACAGGAGUGUCACUUUGAACAUCUACCACAGCCAUGAGCGCACCUGUCAUGGGAACCAGACCUGCACAGACAAGAUCUUCCUUGGUUCUUUCAUUAGCAGGAACUCCAGCCACUCCUCCUGGAAAGUCUUCAAUGCCACCAACAUACUCCGCUUCUGGCUCCACCAAGGGGUAUCAUUUGGCAUGGGUGCUCCAGAUGAUCAGGAGCGGCACUGGGUGGAGGAGAACCUAUCUCAGGACGAUGACGGAAGAUCAGCUGGUGGGUUCCAGGGAAAAUGUGGGUGCAAUGACGAUCAACAGGCCCACGUAUUGACCCAUAGCAUGACUGACAGAGUCCUACUGGUUAUCUUCUCCAAAGAUAAGGAACUGGUGGAGCCCUCUCAGGGCCCAAGUCUCAUCAGGACGGUGGAGAUGUCCAAGUACAUCAUGAUGGACAACACUUUCAAGGAGACGGGGGGUCGUCGGCACCGGCGGAACAGGAAGCAGAAGCAAAGGAUUAAAGCGGCUAAUAUUUCCACCGCCAACUUUGGCAAAGAAGGGAGAUCUCUGUGCAGGAGGGUAGAUAUGAUUGUGGACUUUGAGCAGACUGGCUUCGGAAGUUGGAUUGUUCACCCCAAGAAAUACAAUGCCUACCGGUGUGAGGGAGAGUGCCCGUUGCCUGUUGAUGAGACCUUCAAGCCAACAAAUCAUGCAUAUAUUCAGAGCUUGCUGAAGUUAUACCAACCCAACCGGGUGCCUUGCCCAUCUUGUGCCCCUGUCAAAAUGAGCCCGCUGUCUAUGAUGUACUACGAGAAAGGGAAAGUGAGGGUCCGUCACCAUGACGACAUGAUCAUCGAGGAAUGUGGCUGCAACUGAUGCACAUGAGUCUUAGCUACUUGGUGGAUGGGGCCUCCUCCAGAUACCAGCUCCCUAAAACCCAAAGCGCCUUCCCCUCUUGCAGCAGAAGCCCAAGAAGCGUUGACCUUAAAUGGAGGAAAAAGUAGACUCCUCGCCAACUUGGAGAUCAAGCUGUUUCUCUAGGGUGUUGUCUAUACAAUCCUUAUCAAAAUGAGGGAAUGGAAUUGGCAGAGGAUUAUGAUAGGGGUUAUGCUUUUCUUAGGGAACUUAGUCUGCUCCCAGAAGCAGACGGUCCUCACAGAAAUAACCCCUCUCCCACCCCCGGGGUUGGUUCCAGGUUUUUGGGGUCCCUUGGCAAAGUAAUAUCAGCUGAGCCCCUUUCUGUGUCAAGUGGCCUCCCUGGUGGGCUUGUCUGGUGGCUUGAAGGCCUUGAUGCUAGCCAUCUUUUUAAUUUCCCACAAUGCCCCUGAUGUAAUGUUAGGGAAUUGUGGGAAAUUAACAUAGAGCCAGCUGCCCAGUGCAGAAGUUGGUUUAAAGGGGGCUCCAGAGUAGGCAUCAGUGGUGGUCCAUGCUGGCUCAAACAUCUGUAGCUCUUUACAAAAGUCCCACCUUUGAGAGAUUAUUUAUAAAUAGAGCCCCUAUAUGCAAAACACAGGUCUAACAAUAUUUUCUAUGAUCGGUGGGAUGAUAGGCACAUGCUGAACCACUAGUGAAGACAGUUGUUUUGUACACGUCUGUAAAGAGCCUCUUGACUGGUUUUGAGAAAGUAGUGAUAUAUUCCUUAAAAGGUAUACAGCCCUCCUUUCAAGGUAUGAGAGGCCCCAUCUGCACUAUUAUGUUUAAAGCACUAUUACACUACUUCAAACAGCCAUGGC